AUAAUGAAGAACAGGACAGAAGUGACACAGUUCAUUCUGCUGGGACUCACCAAUGACUCAAGCCUACAACUUCCCCUUUUUAUCACCUUCCUUCUUAUCUACACCAUCACUCUGGUGGGAAACCUAGGGAUGAUCCUGCUGAUUGUCUUGGACUCUCGACUCCACACCCCCAUGUACAUUUUCCUUGGUAAUCUUUCUCUGGUGGAUUUGUGCUAUUCUUCAGCUGUCACCCCCACAGUCAUGACUGAGCUUCUUGGAGGAGACAAGAUCAUUUCUUACAAUGGCUGUGCUGUUCAGAUGUUCUUUUUUGGAGCCUUUGCUACUGUGGAGAAUUAUCUGUUGGCCUCAAUGGCCUAUGAUCGUUAUGCAGCUGUGUGUAAGCCCCUACACUAUGCCAACAUCAUGACUACAAGUGUGUAUACAGGGCUGAUCAUUGGUUCUUAUGUCAUCAGUUUCAUGAGUGCCUCCAUCCAUAUUGCAGAUAUAUUCACUCUCUCCUUCUGCAAGUCCAACGUGAUCCAUCAUUUUUUCUGUGAUGUUCCUGCAAUCAUGGCUCUCACUUGUUUUGAUAAUCAAGCUAGGGAACUUGUUCUUCUUUACAUUGAGAGUUUAGAUGUGUUUUUUGCUCUAAUAGUUAUCUGUACUUCUUACAUGUUAAUUUUUGUAACUCUCUUAAAUAUGCACUCAACUUCAGGACAUCGCAAGGCUAUAUCUACCUGUGCCUCCCACUUCACUGCAGUUUCCAUUUUCUAUGGGACUGUUAUUUUCAUGUAUUUACAGCCCAGCUCUAGUCAUUACAUGGACACAGACAAAGUUACAUCUGUAUUCUAUACCAUGGUCAUUCCUAUGCUGAAUCCUCUUGUCUACAGCCUGAGGAACAACAAGGUCAAGAAUGCAUUUAUAAAGUUGAUACUACAUUAUUAA